CAGUUCAGAUAACAAUGGGGCGAGCUACAAAAUGGCUGAGAAGAUUAUUCGGAAGCAAAAGAGAAACCGGAGAACCAAAGGUUCCCUGCAAUGAAGAACGAAAAGAGAAGAAGAGAUGGAGCUUUAAAUCUGGGAGAGAUUCCUUCGAUACAGCAGGGAGGAUUCCGCCGGCGGAGGCGGCGUGGCUCCGGCCUUUAUACGGAGAAACAGAAGAAGAGCAAAGCAAACAUGCUAUUGCCGUAGCAGCCGCAACCGCUGCGGUGGCGGACGCGGCGGUUGCGGCUGCUCAAGCGGCCGUUGCGGUGGUCCGUCUCACCAGCAAUGGCGGCGGGGUAGUCUUUCGCGGCGUUCAUGAACGGCUCGCCGCCAUCAAGAUCCAAACUUACUUCCGCGGUUAUCUAGCAAGGAGAGCUCUGCGAGCUCUCAAAGCUCUGGUAAAACUGCAAGCUUUAGUUCGAGGUUAUCUCAUUAGGAAAAAAGCUGCUGCUACUCUUCACAGUAUGGAGGCUCUAAUCAGAGUUCAACAAACCGUUCGAGCCCAGAAAUCUAAAUCUCUUAUUUUCCAUAGAUCCCUGGAAAGAAUUGAUGAAAUCAGAACUGAGAAGGCAUCUUCAUUCCACAGCAGCAGCUUAGAUUGGAGCCCGAAAAUCAUCAAAACCUCCCCUCUCCCACGUCAAUUACAGAGGCGGCCAUUGACGCCCGAUUGGAACCUUCAUCUCGAUCAAUGCCGCUGCUCCUUCACAGCCCAAAGCACUCCAAGGUUCAUGAACUCAGUCACCGGCUUCCUACCGCCCUCUCCUUCUACCGAUCACCCCCAUUACAUGUCGAAAACUCAAGCAUUCGAGGCGAAGGUUCGAUCACAGAGCGCGCCGAAACAGAGAACAGAGCCGUCAAGAAAGCGAGUUCCUCUCGGGGAGCUAAUGGUUGACCAAGAGCAAGCAAGAGCUAGUUUGAGCUGCCAUGGAAUUCAGAGAUCUUGCUCUCAGGGGAAGGAGAGCCUCAAUUUCAAGAACGCAGUGGCGGGAAGACUUGAAUUGAACAGGGAAACAGAAAGGAGCUUCUACUUUCAGAGGAAGUGAUGAAGUCAGUUAACAGCAAAUUUGAUCUUCAAAUUUGGAUUUGAAUAGUUCUUCUUAGUUGUUUUCGAACUGUUCCUUCUUUUCCCCCUUCUUCAAAAAAUUUUUUUUUUUUCUGUUCUUUUUAUGAUUUCAACAGCGGAAAGGAGCGAUUUUUAUAAAUUUAUUAUGAUUGAAAGAAACAUAGUAGAAAACGGUCAUCUUUUUUGAAAUUUGUGAGGUCCAUUUUGUAAUUUGCCUGAAGUUUUGGACCUCUGAUGGUUGAAUAGUAUUGUUUAAGCAUGGCCAAAGAUUUGUGCUUUGUACAAUGUCCUAUCUAUAGUAUGGUUUUUGA